CAUACAAUCUCUUUGGGCACGUUUCAUUUUCACCACAGCGUGCUUUGCACUUCCUCUUCAUCUUCUUUCUGCCAACCGAUUCUUGUGUGUGUGGAUAUCUCUUUCAAUUCCUUUUUAUUUCAUGCUGUGAACUGAUGCUGUGGGAUGACAAGUGACCAACAAAUUAAUUCUGAAUUUCUUUUACCUUCAAUCGACAUCAGCAUAUUUUAUUACCCCUUAUAUCUGUUGGAGUCUUACAGAGUGAGAUGGGUACGGUUGUUGAUGACAUCAGACAACUAUUAAAAGACUGUGAGCUGUUUGUUUCUGAGAUACUCCAGGAUGAGAAUCUCAGUAUCCCUGCUCAAGAGGCCAGGGAAAUUCUCCUGCGAAAUUUUCAUGUCAUCCAAAAGAGACACCCACAAGAAUUCCCCCACAGAUUCGAGUCCAAUCUUGAGGACAGCUCAGAUGACAACCGCAGCUCCAGUCUGGGACGUUCUGCCCCCUCAGAUGAUAUGUCAGUGGCCUCUGACUACCAGGAGGAAGGUGCUCCUGAACUUUUUGAGGAGAUACCUCUGGUGGCUGCGCAGGACCUGGGUAACAUCCUAAAACAAGGCUACCUGGAGAAGAAGAGACGUGAUCACAGUUUCUUCAGCAUGGAAUGGCAAAGGCGAUGGUGUGUGUUAAACAACACUAUAUUUUAUUACUUUGGGAGUGAAAAAGACAAGCAGCAGAAAGGGUCAUUUUAUAUUAACGGCUACAGUGCGGAGCUGGUGCCCAGCUUACGCAAAGACUCUAAGAAGAAUUCGUGCUUUGAGUUGAGCGCUCCUGGAAGACGCUCUUACCAGUUCACAGCCAGCAGUCCCCGUGAGGCCAGGGAAUGGGUGGACCAGAUCAAUUUUGUCCUCAAGGAUCUGAGCUCUAACUUCAUCCCCUUUGAUGAUGAGGAGGAAGAGGAGGUGGAAGAAGAGGAAGAGACAUAUGAUGACAUCGAACGAGCUACCACACCUCCACCUCCACGUCCUGGACCAGCAUCUGCACCGGUUACAACCCCAAAUCUGGCACAAACCCCCCAAAGCAGCCGUGAAGAAUGGAAGGACCAAGCAGGAACUCAAGAAGAUGAAGAGGAUGAUGAAGAGGACGAAGAAGACAUUUAUGAAGUGCUUCCAGAUGACGAAGAUACUGACAAUGCUGAAGAAUGGGCUGAAAAAUCUGGAAUUUCAGAUUAUGCAAAUUAUUACCAAGGCUUGUGGGACUGUGAAGCUGAUGGACCCGAUGAGUUGGCCUUCCAGAGAGGAGAUGUCAUCUACAUCCUUAGCAAGGAAUAUAACAUCCAUGGGUGGUGGGUCUGAGAGCUGGAUGGGGCUAUUGGCAUAGUCCCCAAGGAGUUUUUACAUCCUGCUUAUAUUCUAUAAGGUUUGCUUUUUGUGAAGAUCACAGAAUGUUAAGCGUUACAACACUUAAGCAGCGGUCAUGGUUCGGAAGAUGCCAAUGAUUCGAUUAGAAUGUAAAACCAUUUCUAGAACCUAAACCCUGAGACCAAAACUCAUUGCAUAUAAGCAUUUUAUGUCACAUGAAUAGUGUACACCAAGAAGCUCGUCUAAAUCUGUCACGGUUUCAUUUGUUCAAAGAUGAGCCUCAUUUCAGCAAAUGGUGUACGUGAGAAAAACAUUUGUAAUGUAAAAACUUCUUUUUAAACUUCUCAUUCAUCACAAAAUCUAUUCUCUUUCAACAGCAUAAAUUAUUAAAUACAAUUAUUUGUCUUAAGAA